AAGAGAUACCGUCAUUCGCUUCUGCUCUUAAUUGUCAGCACCGUAGGAAAAGAACGGGAGCACACAGAAAAACAAGAUGCGUUUGCGGGUGGUAUUUGCUGAGCGUGCUGCGGCGUAUAUCGCGGGCCUCAUCGAAAAGCUGUUUGUUGUUCCCAACGGCUUCGACACCUUGAUGGUGACGUUCGAGCCGCAGAGGAUCUUUCUUGUUCUCGCAGAGAAAAAGGACGAGAUGUUUUACGUAGAGCUGCAGGCCAAGCACCUGGUGACAACCUAUAAAUGCAUUUCGGCUGACGAAGAUAACCGAAUCAUUAUCACGGUCCCUGCGUUCAACCUUGCCAAUACGCUACGCCCGUCGCUGGGCCAGGACGGGAAACCGGCUCGCGAGCACGUGGAACUGCGUCUCACUAAAGAUGCAGACAAAGGCAAUCUACCGGCUUUAAUGGUAUAAGUACUUACUUUCUUCGGCUCUUGAUAAUUUUUGGGUACUAGAGCGACGACCGCCUGGUAAGGAAACGUGAUUUUUUUUUCGGAAACAGACUUGACUGUUCAGAAAACAUGAACAAAACAUUUCUACAGCUCUUAACCGCAACCUCGUGUUUGUUACAUUAGAAGUGUGAUCGUACUAUUCAUAGAAGCAUAGGUAAUGAACUCCAGACGUGCUAUCCCAUACUAUCGUAUCCUAGCACACUUAUUCUUGAUGAAGCAUCACCAACUCCAAUGAUGCGAGACCCCAUCACUUCCUGCUCUGCAGAUCCAGAAAACAGUGGUGAGCACCGGCAUGCGCCCGAAGACGCUGCUACCGUGUCGGGUGGUGCAGAAUGUGGAAGAAGUGGUUACGCUGCCAGAUUCCGAACACCCGGAACAUUAAGGCAAUAUCACCACUAAUAAGUCAUCUUCGUGAAUAGUAAUCAAUUUCGGCAUGAAGAGGAAUUACACUUGGUAGUGUAAUCCAGAAGAUCCUCCUCUCGUGGGAAAAGAAACUACAGAUGUGCACUAGGCGCACUAGGAAGAUGAAUCGUGGAUAACUCUAAGAACGCGUCGACGUGUGUUUCAACUCGAUUCCGGAACUGAGAAAUGUCCUGGACAAAUUCGGCAAGCUCGGCGUCGACAAAGUCGACAUUCUCGUGAAGAAGGAUGCCGAGGAAGCUCGAGUGGUUGUCACAGCAAUUAUGGGCGGGGCGGCCUUCGGAGGGGAUCUACAGGAAGAAGGGGGUAACGCGCCGGGUAGAAACCUUCGGCGAGGACAGGCCGCUUUGAGUCACAACCCGCACAUGCAGGCGGGAGGUAUGGAGUUGAGUGCCUUUUUCCGGUUUGCGCACAACGACGAUGCGCAAGCGCGGAAGCAGUGCCGCGUGAUCCUCAAGCUGAAGACAAUCCUGGCGCAACUUGCACGAUUGGAAAAAAUGCCCGGAGAGCACAAAAAUAUCAUACUGAAAGUUAGUCCAAGAGACAUGAUCGUCUACACCUUGCUGGAGGACAGUGUUGGU